CAGCAGCUGCCUGAAGGCCAUCGCUCCCUCCGAGCUCAUCAUGCGGGUGCUGGAGAACGUCUACCACGUCCACUGCUUCUACUGCUGCGAGUGCGAGCGGCGUCUGCAGCGGGGAGACGAGUUCGUGCUCAAGGAAGGGCAGCUGCUGUGCCGCAGCGACUACGAGAAGGAGAAGGAGAUGCUGAGCGCCAUCAGCCCCGCUCCCACCGAGUCCGGUGAGGAGCUGGAGCGGUGGGGAAUGGGGCUGAUGAAGAAGAUCGCUCGCAGGCAGCAGCAGCAGCAGCAGCAGCAGCAGGAGCAGGAGCAGCUGGGCAACCCCCGCUUGGGGUCCGGGAGAGGGACCGGGCGCAGCAGCAGGCAGAGCAACGACGACAGCGAAGGUGAGGAGCACCGCGCACCGAUGUGGGGGGAUGGCAUAGGAUAUUCAGAAGGAGUUUUCCACGACAUGGACAGCGACAGCAUCAGCCACCUGGGGGACUGCCUGCUGUCGACGGCCGAAGCCAACCUCCUGCAAGCCCGCGUGGGCAACCCCAUCGACCGACUCUACUCCAUGCAGAGCUCCUACUUCACCUCCUGACCUUCAAGCAGCUCUCCACCAGUAUCUCGGAGAGAUGCUGCUCUGGGUUCAGACACGAGACAUUCCUCGAGUGCUGCACAACGGAGGAGGCAACGGGUCCGCCCCAUGCAGAAGCACUAUUCCGCAGCCCGAAGGACUUGGGAUUGCCUCUCUCCUUACUUUCUAGCCACCAGUAGAUGGACGGUAUGAUGUUGUUUAGCUGUUCCUUUAGCAGUUUGUCCGUUGUUGAAGCUGUUCGAGCAUGAUGUCCUUCCAACACAGACUGGCCAAGCCAAGCAGCGCGGCCCCAAGCUGCAGCAGCUGCUCCUCCCGCACAAACUCUUGUUUAUUUAAGUCCUGCUGCGCUGGUUUGCCUCGUUCCUCAGCCCAGAUGCUUCACGGGGCAAGGUUAAUUUUCAACAAGGCCCUGGGGCAUCUCCAAGGGACGCCGCUCCGCUCCAGGCUCUCUCUUCGUGGCCGUCCAUCGUUCGGCACCGUGCAGUUUUCCAACAUUUGACAUUUCAGAAGCGCGUCGUCGCCUGGCUCCGGAAUGAAACAGCUGGGAUCGGUGUCUGCCUCCAGAAAUGAGAGGAUUUCUGCUCCGCCGUGUUCGAGGACGCCAAGAGGAACGUGACACGACCACAGCGAGCUCCCUCUUGCUGUGACGUCUUUCUGUCUCUAAAGGGGCAGUUUUACUCCGUUUAUGGACAGAACGCGAAACCAGAGCUGCCAGCCGUGCUCCUUUCUGCUUGUUUCCAUUUUAAAGCAGCAAAGAGAAGAGGUUUUGCUCUAAAAGUAUUCCUGAUGGAGAGCCUGGUCUCUGUGGUUAUUUCCACAGUGGGUUUUUUGGCAACCCUGCCCAUGGCAGGUGGGUUGGAACAAGAUGAUCUUUGAGGUCCUGUCCAACCCAAAUCACUCCAUCACUCUAUGAUCUUUGAGGUCCCCUCCAACCCAACCCAUUCCAUGGCUCUGUGAUCUUUAAGGUCCUC